UCAAAUCAGGACCUUUACGCAGCAGCAAUAUUAUGGCAGCGUUUACCUGCGAGCGCGACUGACUGUACAGCCUGUUGUGAUACUGUUGUGAUACUAUUGUGACACUGUUGUGAUACUGUUGUGAUACUGUUGUACACAUGUUGUGCUGCUGUCGGUAGGUGUACUGCGACAGGUUCAGGGACCGAGCAGCGGCUCUUCUUUCAGCUUCCUGAUGGAGCACAUCCGACUACCAAAGGUGGAGAAUGUCAGGCUGCUUGACAGAGUCUCACCCAGAAGAAGUAGGGUGGGCACCCUCUACCUGACAGCCACGCACACCAUCUUUGUAGAGACUGAGGAUGGAUUGCGCAAUGAAAUCUGGGUGCUUCACAGUUUGGUGUGCAGCGUGGAGAAGCAAGCCGCCACACCCUCGGGAUGUUCUCUGCUCAUUCGCUGCAAGAACUUCCAGGUUCUUCAUUUUGUGGUACCUCGAGAGCGGGAGUGCCACGAUGUUCACCUGUCCCUACAGCGUCUUUCCCAGCCAGAGCGUUGCGAGGAGCUGUAUUGCUUCUCCUACAAGCCCAACGUCGAUGAGGAGGAGAGACGGCAGGAAUGGGACUUUUUGGACCUCAUGGCUGAUUACAGCAGAAUGGGACUCCCAAACUCCCUGUGGAAACUCUCCCCUGUCAACCAACACUACAAGGUGAGCGACACGUACCCCUCUGACCUGUUCGUUCCUCAGUCCGCCACGCCUCCGGUCAUAGUGGGGAGCUCCAAGUUCAGGAGCAGAGGCAGAUUUCCUACUCUAUCCUACUACUCCAAAGAAAAUCAUGCCGCCAUCUGCCGCAGCAGCCAGCCGCUGUCAGGUUUCAGCGCUCGCUGCCUGGAGGAUGAACAGAUGCUGGAGGCCAUCUUGAGGUCCAAUCCCCGCAGCGACUUCAUGUAUGUGGUGGACACCAGGCCUAAGCUGAAUGCAAUCGCAAACCGAGCUGCAGGAAAAGGCUACGAAAACGAGGACAACUACUCCAACAUUAAAUUCCAGUUCAUCGGCAUCGAGAAUAUCCACGUCAUGAGAAACAGCCAACAAAAAAUGCUGGAAGUGUGUGAGCUGCGUUCCCCCUCCAUGUCUGACUUCCUGGAAGGUCUGGAGAGCUCAGGCUGGCUGAGGCACAUCAAAGCUGUUUUGGAUGCAGGCAUCUUCAUCGCUAAGGCUGUUGCAGAAGAGGGUGUCAGUGUCCUGGUUCACUGUUCAGACGGUUGGGACCGCACUGCCCAGGUGUGUUCAGUGGCCUGUGUGCUGCUGGAUCCUCACUACAGGACCCUCAGAGGAUUCAUGGUUCUUAUUGAGAAAGACUGGCUCUCAUUUGGACACAAGUUCUCCCACAGAUGCAACCACCUGGUCGGAGACCCUAAAGAGGUGUCCCCCGUCAUCGAUCAGUUCCUGGAGUGCGUCUGGCAGCUCAUGGAGCAGUUCCCCUGUGCCUUUGAGUUCAACGCAAGGUUCCUCAUCACCAUUCACAGCCAUGUCUACUCCUGCCAGUACGGCAACUUCAUUGGCAACAACCAGCGGGAGAGGAUAGAGCUGCGAUUGCGUGAGAGGACUCACUGUUUGUGGAGUUAUCUGUGGAAGAACCAGACAGACUACAUCAACCCUCUGUACCGACCAGACCACAGCCAGACACAGGGGCUGCUCCGGCCCUCUACUGCCCCCUACUGCUUUAAGUCUUGGAGAGGGCUGUACAACCGGUUUGACCGAGGGAUGCAUCCUCGACAGUCUGUGGAGGAUUAUCUGAGUGCCAUCCAGGAGGAGACGCAGCAGCUGGAGGAGCAGCUGGCUUCACACAAACAGAAAAUUGCUCAGCUGGAGCAGGAGCAGGACGGGAGUGUCCCCCAGGAAGCCGUCCCCUUUGAUAAGAGCCCCACAGCGUGGGCUCUUGGUAGUGACCUAGGUCUGGCCAACACCCCUCAGGACUACACCGGGGGCUUCAUCACCAGCAGCCCCUGUCAGCCUAAAGCACUAGACAGCAGCCUGGUGCUCCUGACCCAGGACUCCAACCAAUCCACCCUCUCCAACGGCAGCGACCAGGAGUCGGGGAUUGCGGACGUGAGCUGUCGCUCGCCUCUCAGCGAGGACAGCACCAGGGACCCAGACUCUGAUGAGGCCGCCUACUCAGCUGCCUGAGACUAAUGUAGCGUUUGAUGGAAGGUGAAGCAGCAACCAGCUGUCCACUGUGCCACUGAACAGACCUUUACAUUCCCUAUAUAACCCAGCGAUUGGCUAACUCCAGUGAAAAGUGUUAUUCAGAUGACACAAGUGACUUGCACUUAUGUUUGCACUCUCCCUGUUGCCACACACAUAUGAGGUGAUAGUUGUUUACUGUAGCUGACCACAUUUCACCUCUUACACAUAAUAUUUAAACCCCAGAGAUUGUACACACAUAAUUACAAUACACAAUAACCAGUUUCAUGUUGAAGACGUUUCAAGAUUUGACAUAAUCCUUGGCAAAAACUAAUUUACCAAAGUUAAGAGUGAAUUACGAUCAAUUAUGAACAAUUCAAUGCACUUCAAUGUAAGCUUGUCAACACAUCAAGUUAAUGAGCCAUUUAGCUGUGUGUGCUUUCACACACUUUUAUUCAUUAGGAAUUUGGCUUUACAAUCAUGUAAACAUUUGAACAUAGAUUUUAAGUUUUCAAAGCAACACAGAACAAUAUCCAGCACUCCAAAGAGACAUUAUCAUUAUCUCAGUUGCGUUGUUUGUGCUUAAAGAUGGCAAAAAUGAUAAUGAUAAAGAGGGGGGGCUGAAAAAAUGAAUCAUGAUAACAGCAGACUCAAGUUGUAGCUUAUAGCAAACAUAUGACAACAAUGUAGAGAAUACAGACUGUUGUCACAUGGUGCUAAUUGGUAUUAAGAAUGACUCACCUCAGUAGCAACGAUUAGUUUUUCCUUUUUCUGUAAUGUGUUUUGGUGAGUUUCAAAUACCUAUUUAAAAUACUGUCACACCCUAUAAUCACUGCUACUCCAUCACAGGCCAUCUGGAGUCAAAUAGCAAUGUAGCUGUGUUUCAACCCCAGAGGACAUUUAUAAUGACUGAACUAAACUCACUGAGCGAACAACAGUGACCUCAGCUGGGGUUUGGAGUCAUUACGCUACAAUUACCAGUGGCUAUUUAUGGUUGAUUGACACAUUGUGGUCCACACCUUUUUUGUUUUUCACCUUGAUACACAAUAUCUUAGCUUUGAAAUCUUAUUGAACAAGCAACUUAAUACAUUUCUGUCCACAAUAUUUCAACAAUAGAUUUGCUGUGAUCAAACCAAAAACCUUACCAAAGUGAAUCAACCCUCUGCUGGUAAAAUAAGUGAUGAAUGGAGAGUAAUAGCACUACUGAAUAGUGAGCAGACCAGAGCAUGUGAACACAAAUAAACACCUGCUUUGGGCAGCAGAUAACGACUGACUUUUCCAAUAUUGGCGCCGUAUCAAUUGUAAAGGUAGUAUUAAAACCGUACACAGAAUAGUAGUACACAUUAGGCGUAGUGGGCAUGUUAAGAUGUUUUUGUAUUAUGACAUAUGUUUUUGACUACUUGCUUCAUGUUGUUUUUAUUUGAAUGAUAGGAACAAAAAUGUCCGGUAAUAAGGAAUUCUUAGACCUUGUGUAAAAGAAAGAGCUUUAUAUUGCUGCUUUUAUGUGUUCAAUGUGGAAUAAAGCCAGAUGUGUCGAAUUGAUCUAAAUGCAAAGUUGUGUAAUUUGUGUCAAUUUUCAUUUGAAAUAAAUAAAUAUAUUGUCAAUCCUCGU